UUUUGACAUUCUUGAUAAUGAUUAAAGCACAUGAAAAUUUAUAAACAAAAUAAUGAACUUUUCCAUUAGUUUCUAAAUCAAAUCCUGCUUUUAAUUUAAAUAUGACUUCAAGAUUAAUUGUGAAAAAUUUGCCGAAAAAUAUUACUGAAACUAAACUUAAGGAAAUUUUUGAAGAAAAAGGCUCCAUUACUGAUAUACAGUUGAAGUAUACUAAAGAUGGAGUUUUUAGGCAAUUUGCUUUUAUUGGGUAUGAAAAUGAGGAAGAUGCGAACGCCGCUUUAAAGUAUUUCAAUAAUAUUUUCAUACAAACUGCAAAAAUAAAAGUAGAACCUUGCGCUGCGUUGGGUAGCGAACAGAAACCAAAAUCAUGGAGCAAACAUGCUGUGGACAGUAAUACUUAUCGUAAACUACACGGGAUCGAUGAAUUAGAACGUGCUGAAAAGAAAAAGCAGCAAUCGGAAGUUAAUACUAAAAAAAAAAAUAAAAUUGAUGAAAUUGUGGGUGAGUAUAAGGAUGACCCAGAAUUUCAGGAGUUUAUGAAAGUACAUGAUAAAAAUCGUAACUUGUGGCAAAAUGAUGAUGACAUCUUUAAAGAAAUCGAUAGUAAAGUUCGUGUAGAAUCUAAGGGAAAGAAAGGUAACAAUAAUGACUCUGGUUUACUUAAAGAAAAUAAUAUCUCAGAAAAUGAAAAUUAUGAAAAUAACAAGAGCUGGAAAGAGGAUCCCAAUUUGAGUUCAACAAAUGAAAGUGAGAAUGAAGAAUCUGAAGAAAGAAAUCAGUCAAAAUUGGCUCUACAAAAUGAAGUAAGUGAUCUGGAUUACAUGAAAUCCCUUAUGAAAAAAGAUCAUGUCACAAAAACUGAAAAGAAGCAAUCUUUGAAAGAAUCUAAAAAAUCAGUAGAUUUAUUUACAAUCAAAAUUCGGAAUAUUCCUUUAGCAAUAAAAAAGAAAGAUAUUUUGAAAUUUUUUCAACCUCUAAAACCUUUUUCUGUUAGAAUCCCUAUUAAUUCCCGAGGUUUCUGUUAUGUUGGUUUCAAACAAGAAAAGGAUUUUAAAAAGGCAAUGCUAAAAGAUAAAAGCUUCAUUAAAGGAAAACAAGUAUAUUUUGUUAAUUUUACAGAAAGAAAUAAAAUUACGAAAGAUAAAAAAGAACAAUGCAGUAGUAACAAGGUUUUAGAUACAACUGGUAAAUGGGCUAAACAAGAAGGAAAUCUGGAAAAUGAAGAGGAUAUAUCCGAAUCUGGAAAAAUUUUUUUUAGAAACCUGUCGUAUACAAUUUCUGAAGAUGAUAUUCAAAAUUUGUUUAGUAAAUAUGGGCCUAUUGCGGAAAUAAGCUUACCAAUAGAUCCUAUCACUAGGAAAAUAAAAGGUUUUGGAACGGUGACUUAUGUGAUGCCAGAACAUGCUGUUUUGGCUUUUAACGAAUUAGAUGGAACAACUUUUCAUGGCAGAUUAUUGCACUUGAUUCCGGGGAAAGCAAACGAUAAUAUGGAAGAUCACGAAAAUACAGAAAACUUAUCAUUUAAAGAGAAGAAAGCUUUAAAAUUAAAAAAGUCUGCCGGGCAAAAUCAUAAUUGGAAUAUUUUAUUUAUGGGGUCUAACGCUGUUGCUGAUAUUUUAGCCAAACAAUUUGAAACAACUAAAGAAACCAUUUUGGAUGCUAACACUGGAGGUUCCAGUGCUGCUGUAAGAUUAGCGCUUGGUGAAACUCAAAUUGUUUUAGAAAUGAAAAAGUUUCUUGAAGAUAAUAGUGUUCAAUUAGAUGCGUUUGAAACAACAAAUAAAAAACGAUCUAAAACAGUUAUAUUAGCGAAAAAUUUACCCGCUGGUACAACUACCGAUGAAUUAAAUCCAUUAUUUUCAAAAUUUGGGCUUAUAGGAAGAAUUGUUUUACCUCCAAGUGGUGUAACUGCAAUCAUUGAAUAUUUAGAUCCUUCUGAGGCAAAAAAGGCUUUCUAUAAAUUAGCUUACAGUAAAUUUAAACAUUUACCUUUGUAUUUGGAAUGGGCUCCAGAAAAUACAUUUAAGGAUUCAAAAGGUAAUGAAAAGUUAAUUCAAGAAGUUGAAAAUAAGAAAAAAUCUGAGAACGGAGAUGAAAAUGAAAACCAAGAAAAAGAAGAACUUCAAUCUUCCGUGCUGGAAAAGGAAAAUAUUGAAAAUGUUUCUGAAGUAAUCGAAGAUGACAAUGACAAUGAUGAACCAGAACCGGGAACGACAUUAUUUUUGAGAAAUUUGAACUUUGGUACAAGAGAAGAUACAGUAAAAAACCAUUUCAAACAUUUGGGUCCAAUACAUCUGGCUCAAGUAGCCAUGCGAAAGGAUCCAAAAAAUCCAAAAAAUAUUACUUCUCUAGGUUACGGAUUUAUUCAAUUCAAAAAGAGAUCUACAGCUGAAUUAGCACUUAAAGAAAUGCAAUUUACUAAUAUUGAAGGUAACAGAGUGGAACUAAAACGUAGUGAUAGAACAUUAAAAAUUGAUCCAAAAGCUGCGAAGAAAAAAGCUCAGAAACUUGAACAAACUGGGUCAAAAAUUUUAAUUAGAAACAUUCCCUUUCAAGCGAAAACUAAAGAAAUUUUUGAAAUAUUCAAGGCAUUUGGUGAAUUACGUUCUGUGAGAUUACCAAAAAAAACAACACCUGGGGAGCAAUCGCUUCGUGGUUUUGGUUUCGUAGAUUAUUUGAGUAAAAGUGAUGCAAAAAAAGCUUUUGAAACUUUAAGUGGUAGUACUCACUUGUACGGUAGAAGACUAGUUUUGGAAUGGGCAAAGAAUGACGAGAAUGAUGUAACAGAAUUGAGAAAAAGAACGGCUGAAUCUUUUAAAGAUGGUACAAGUAAAAAAUUGAAAAAUUCAAACAAAGCAGUUUUCGACACCUCAAAUAUAGAUGAAGUUUUUAAUGAAAAUGACGAAAUGAGUUAACAAAAAUAAUUUAUGAAAUUGUUAAUAAAUUUGA